AUGCCUGAUGGUUCAGUUAAGACACAAAAGUCGGGAAUACGAAUGUGCAAACCAGAUUACAGACUUCUUAACCAACUUCUAAUUAUUCUUAACUAUGACAAUGUCGAGGUUGUUCCAAUUUCAAGAAAAAAAAAAGGAAGAAUCUAUCGAAGUCACAUCAGAGAACUCUCACACACAGACACAAGUGCAAGAAGGUUUAUAAAUAGGCACAAGCACAUUAAUUUAGAAGGUGAAUUAAGGGGAAGGAAAAGAUCAAUGGAGGAUCCCCUUGUAAUUGGACGUAUAAUAGGAGAAAUUUUGGAUCCUUUUAGAAGUUCUGUGAGUCUGAGAGUUGUUUAUAAGAAUCAGUAUGAUGUUAUGAAUAGUUGUGAGUUGAAACCUUCCCAAAUUGUGAACAAACCAAGAGUUCUUAUUGGUGGAGAUGAUGACCUAAGAGUCUUUUACACUCUGAUAGUGGUGAACCCUGAUGCUCCUAGCCCAAGCCACCCAUGUUUGAAGGAAUAUUUGCAUUGGUUGGUAACCAAUAUUCCAGCUACUACUGCGGCAAGCUUUGGACACGAAAUCGUGGAAUAUGAAAGUCCACGACCAACGUCGGGGAUUCAUCGUAUUGCUUUUGUGUUGUUUCGACAAUUGGGUAGACAAAUAGUUCAUGCUCCAAGAUGGCGUCACAAUUUCAACACCAGAGAUUUUGCUCAAGUUUACAACCUUGGAUUACCGGUUGCUGCCGUCUAUUUUAACUGUCAACGUGAAACUGGUUGGGGUGGAAGAAGAGCUUAACCUUAUCAAUAUUUUAACCAAUAAAUUUUUAUUAUUUUUUCCUAUAAUUUCAAGUGAUUUCAAAAUAUAAAAAAAAAAAAAUUUAAAAAAUAUCACUUCGAA